UCCGUAUGAUCUAGCCUUCAAAUCCACAGUAUAACCAAAAAUUGGAGUACAAAAUUAGUAUGAAGAUAUUUAAAGCAAAAUAAUGCAAAAACUGUUUGGUAUCGGCGGUGCUUUAGCACAUUUAAGACCAUCCGUGACAUCAUCACUGCACCAAUGUGUAAGAGGUAAACAAACAAUAACAACAAACCAAGUGAUAGUGGAUAAAUUCAAAGCCGUCACAAUUUUAUCGAUAAAUCGACCGGACAAACAGAAUGCAUUGAAUGAGUCGAUAUUGCAUGAGCUUGCAGCACAUUUGACACACUUUGAAGAGGAUGAUAGCGCGUCGGUGGCCAUUAUAAAUGGUAUCGGUGGUAAUUUUUCCAUUGGCUAUGACAUCGAUGAAUUGAAGCAGAAAAGUGAACAUGACAUAAAUUCAGUUCAAAGUAGUCUUGUUUUUCCAUUUCGACGUAAAACGGCAAAACCGUUGCUGUGCAGCAUUAGUGGAUCGUGUAAGUCAAUUGGAUUUGAAAUUGCAUUGAUGUGUGACGUUCGAUAUGCAGAGGAAAAGGCGUUUUUUUGUUUUAAUAAUCGACAUCAAGGCAUACCAUUGUUGAAUGAUGGACCAAAACAAUUGGCCAAAUUGAUCGGCUUAUCAAAAACGAUGGAAUUUUUACUCAUGGAUCGCCAGGUUAAUGCUGAAGAAGCUCUUGAACUUGGAAUCGUUCGCGAGGUCGUUGCAGAUGGAACUAGUCUUGGCUCUAUUAUGAAGACUGCUGUAUAUUUAUCAUCGAUGCCAGAAUCGGCGCUUCAACAUGAUUUAAGCUUAUUGAAUGGAUCGCAUUUCGACAAAAAACAAUGGUCAUCGAUAUUAAACGAUAUUAAAUCAAAUGUUAGCCUUAGCGAAGAAUCACUGAAAUCGGCUCGAGUUUCAAAACUAAACAAAAUGUCCCAAUGGGAAUUAGAAGAAAUAGAACAUGAAAAGAAUUAUGAAGAAAGACAAAAAACAAACACACAUGAGUAGAAUAAAUAAUUGUUUUUAAAUAUCUUCAUACUCUCAAACGA